AUGUCCAGCAAUGAGAGUAGCAAUGACUUUGACUUUUUUACAAGCUCAGAUUAUGGUAAUAAAGGGUUACUCUAUGCAAAGCUGAUAGCACAGGUCUUCUCUACACUCAUGAGUGCCUUUGUCGGUACACGACACAUUCUCCAAGUCGUAGCCCUCAAGAAACAAUUGCGUGCUCAUCGGCAACUCCAGACGCCCGUACUAGCGGCCACUGAUCAUUCAAGAUGUUUUAUGGGACGCAAUUGUCAAGCUUACGUCCCGACGCCCCCUGCAUUCCCAAAUGACGUGCUUCCUAUGAGCUGUCAAACUACAGCCACAGAUUCAAACGAUUCCGAAGAAUAUCGACGAAAUCGACAAGCUUCUAUUCUUUUGAGAGAGAGGGAGAAUGCACUCUAUGCACCGAUUGGAGGCCCUGACUUGAUUACUAACGAAAGUGACGAUGACCGACCACGCGUCUCAGUAGCUUCUAGGAUUCUACGUGUCAUGUGUAUUACAGAUUUUAUCUUUUCUUUAUCAGGAAUAGUCGUUACAGCAGUGGAGUUAUGGGCCCCUCAAGCAGGGAACAGUUUUCAGCUCAUGUUCUGGGCCAAAGCGCCACAUUGGUGCUCCCAAGUUGCAAGUUUUUGCUGGGUUGCGACACUAGCAAUGUAUAUUGCUAAGCAUAAGAACCGAGCAAGUUUUGAUGUGGCUAUUGCGCAUGCAAUUAUCUGGAUGGUUAUUGUCUUCUAUUGGGUACUAGAGAUUUAUUCGAGUUAUUACGACACCAAGGGGUUUGUAUACGCGGCCACGAUCAUUUGGAAAAUCAUGGCGGUUGGAUGUUUCCUCAUUAUCACAUUCUGUUGGUUGAACUUUGCAAGACGAUGGAGAAGACAAGAACGACGUAAAGGGGCGUACGUCGUAUCCAAAUUGGCGUCGUACACGUUGGCAUUUUUCAUCUUUGUCGGCCCUAUUGUUGUUACAGACCUAGCUGUUGGACUGCACAGCUCUGGUUUGGUUAUGAAGACAUGCUCAGUGAUUUUGGCCAUGUGGCCGUUUGUGAACGCUGUGAUUUACCUCACGAAACCUUCAUUGUGUCUCAAGCUCUUCCGGGCAAAGUCAACUCGUGGAGUACAAGGACAACACGACUUGGCUGACGGCCAGCACGCAAACGGACCCAACAGGCAUGGAAGCCGACGAUUUAUGAGUGGCGGUGGCAAUGGAACAGCAGGUACAGCAAAUGGUAUAGUGGGUGGAAAUACUGGUGACACCGUUCCGAAGCUGCUGAUGUCGCCGUCACAUCAUGAGCUAAAGGGCUUGGAAAUUGGCGAUAAGAUUGGCGAAGGUGUGGCUGUGGUGUACCUCGGUAAGUGGCGUGGUGCCAAUGUUGCUGUCAAGAUGAAAGCAGUUUUGGCGGCAUUGGAGAGUGCUGCAGACCUGGAAGAGUUCCAGCAUGCCUGUAACGUAGAGAUCCAAGCUGAGGCAGAAGUGAUGCGCGGCUUGUGCCACCCAAACAUUGUGCUCUUCAUGGAGGCGGGAUUCUACCGAGGCUCGAUCUGUAUUGUUUCAGAGUAUUGUGCACGUGGCUCGCUGCGGGACGUGCUGACGCAAGCACCAGAUGUCAAGAAUCUGAACUGGCCAACGAAGCUUCGUCUCGCGCUGGGAAUUUCGCACGGUAUCCAGUACUUGCAUAAUGCGAAUCCGCCUAUGAUUCAUCGAGAUCUGAAGUCACCAAAUGUACUGGUGGACGAUUCAUGGCAUGCCAAAAUCGCGGAUUUUGGUACUCUUCGCUUUUCAGAGAUCGUGUCGUCCGCUGCACAACUUCAGUCAUCCCAAACGAAAAACAGAAAUUCAGUGAAGGUACCAGUGGUGGAAAUGACAGGACUUGUGGGUACUACGCGCUGGAUGGCACCUGAGGUUAUGCGAGGCGAACAUAUUUAUACGAGUAAGGUGGAUAUUUACAGUCUUGCGCUCAUCCUUUGGGAACUUAUUGAAGGGAAGCUUCCGUUUGAUAAUACACGAUGGAACCAUGAGGUGGAGGAUUUCGUAUUGAAAGGUGUUCGCCCAAACAUUCGCUCGGAUUUGUGCCCACAACGCUGGAAAGUGCUGAUUGGUACUUGCUGGCAAGCAGACCCAAGAGAGCGCCCUACAAUCCAGCAAGUUAUUAAUAGUCUGCAGCGGAUUGGACGCGAAGAAGUGUGGGAUCCUACUGGUCCUCGGUUUACAGGUGUGAGUCAGCUGGGCAUGUCGAUGUCCUCUUCUGUGUCACAUUCUAUGUCAUCGUCAUCGUACAUGGACUCACCAAAUGCGAUUGGACCGAUUGGAGGUUUUGAUCGACGCAACUUUCCUGCUGCACUGGAUGAAAAUCAUGCGAGUGAAUCAGAAUCGGACGCAGAGAGCUUUGCAGAAGAGUUCUCGUACGUGCCAACGCUCGAUUUGCUUGCAUCUCCGGCCAUUCUCGGUGCAUCCGAUGGUGGUAUGUCUAAGAGUUCGAAGGAAUCACAGUGUAGGUCGCGCCAGGGCUCUAUGGAGACUUCUGCUAGCAGCCGGUGGAGCUGUGUGAGUACAAGUAGCAGCACGAUAAGUAUGGGCGUUAACGAUAGUGGCUUUUUUGGGUCAAAGAGCCGAUCAAUUGGCAUGAACGACCCCAGUGCGAGCUCCAUCAGUGUCGUCACUUUCCACGGCAGUACCAGCUCCUUAGCCAGUGGCCGGUCUAUGGGUUCCUCACGAACACCCAAGAUUAAGAAAAAUCGCCUUGAAUGGCGACAUUGCACUGAUACAAUCCAGGAAAUUCAGCCUUCGGAUCAUAUCAACGCGCCACCCCACACGUUUGUCGAGUCUUCGCCCAAUGGGACUCCGUUCAUCGUAAAUAUUUAA